CAGACACAUCCCGGGAGCCAAGGAAGGUGGGAGGCUUCUCACAUCAUAGACUACAACAGUGUGUCAUCUUUACCCCAGUCUCCUCUGUUACUGCAGUUGCUUUUUCUUCAGUAACUUCUCAAGAAUCACCUGCACAAAUAUGAUCGGCAUCCACACUCAGCACCCCAGGAAAAGCCAGUCCAGUAGGAAAUACUUUUUCUAAAGUGAUCCCUGCAAGUUCUGGGAGUUAAGACUGUGCAUUCCAGUUGCUCUUCACCCCUCUUUGACAACUCAUACAGCUGUGCAGAACACACCUUGUCCAAAUGUCAUCUGUCGUAGCACCAGAAAAAACCUCCUCCAACUUUGUGGGACCCAAAGAGGUGGAGCUGAUACUAGUGAAGGAACAAAAUGGAGUUCAGUUCACGUCGAGCACUUUGGUCAGUGCGGCUCCUCCUCAGACCAGUGCCAGUGGGGAAGAGGAACGGGAGACUUGGGGAAAGAAAAUUGACUUUCUUCUUUCUGUAAUUGGAUUUGCCGUUGAUCUUGCCAAUGUGUGGAGAUUCCCCUACCUCUGCUAUAAGAAUGGAGGAGGUGCUUUCCUUGUGCCGUAUUUGUUCUUCAUGGUGAUAGCAGGCAUGCCUCUCUUCUACAUGGAGCUGGCAUUGGGCCAGUACAACCGCGAGGGCGCAGCAGGGGUCUGGAAAAUCUGCCCCAUAUUUAAAGGAGUUGGAUUCACAGUGAUCCUGAUUUCCUUGUAUGUGGGCUUCUACUAUAACGUGAUCAUUUCGUGGGCGCUGUACUACCUCUUCUCCUCCUUUACUGGAGAGCUACCCUGGGUCCACUGCAACAACAGCUGGAAUAGCAUCAACUGUGCUGACUGGGCCGACAACACCACGAUCAACGGCAGCCUCAAAUCCACCCCUGCUCAGGAAUACUUUGAACGAGGAGUGCUGCACAUCCAGGACAGUCAAGGCAUUAACGACCUCGGCCGUCCACGAUGGCAGUUGACUUCCUGUUUAGCUGUUGUCAUUAUUCUGCUCUACUUCAGUUUGUGGAAAGGAGUGAAGACGUCUGGAAAGGUUGUGUGGAUCACAGCCACCAUGCCCUAUGUGGUCCUGACCGUGCUGCUGCUCCGAGGAGUCACUCUGCCCGGAGCUACUGAUGGCAUUAAGGCCUAUCUCUCCGUGGACUUUCUGAGACUCUGUGAUCCUCAGGUCUGGAUUGAGGCUGCCACCCAGAUCUGUUUCUCUCUGGGAGUGGGGUUUGGUGUGCUAAUUGCCUUUUCCAGCUACAACAAAUUUAGCAACAAUUGCUACAGAGACGCCAUCAUCACCAGUUCAAUCAACUCACUGACCAGUUUCUUCUCCGGUUUUGUGGUCUUCUCCUUCCUUGGCUACCUGUCUAAAAAGCACAAUGUGUCUCUUGAUAAUGUUGCUCGAGAUGGCGCUGGGUUAGUGUUUGUGAUUUAUCCUGAAGCCAUAGCAACUUUACCUGGGUCGUCUGUCUGGGCUGUUAUAUUCUUCAUUAUGCUCUUAACGCUCGGUAUUGACAGUGCCAUGGGUGGUAUGGAAUCUGUAAUCACUGGACUUAUAGAUGAAUUCAAAUGCUUACAAAAGCACAGGGAGCUCUUCACUCUUUUCAUUGUAGUUGGCACAUUCCUAAUAUCACUGUUCUGUGUGACUAAUGGUGGCAUGUAUGUGUUUACACUCCUGGACCAUUUUGCAGCAGGGACAUCGAUUUUGUUUGGAGUGCUUAUUGAAGCUAUUGGCAUUGCAUGGUUCUAUGGAGUGGAUCGGUUUAGUGAUGACAUUGAGGAGAUGAUUGGACAGCGACCAGGCUGGUACUGGCGGCUGUGCUGGAAAUUUGUCAGUCCCUGUUUCCUUUUGUUUAUGGUGGUUGUGAGUUUUGCCACAUUCAACCCCCCAAGCUACGGCUCUUACAUAUUCCCUCCAUGGGCUAAUAUGGUUGGCUGGUGCCUGGCUAUGUCAUCAAUGGCCAUGGUGCCGCUCUAUGCCAUCUACAAGAUUUGCUCACUGCCUGGAAGACUUUGUAAUAGACUGGCUUAUGCUAUCACCCCUGAGACAGAGCAUCAUUUAGUAGACAGUGGAGAAGUCCGACGGUUUACGUUGCACCACUGGUUGGUUAUCUAAGACAACCUUUGAAAAAAAUGGUCAGAAUAUCACAAAAACGAGUGUAAGUAAAGACACAGAUGUGUGUGAUGUUAUGCAUGCACAGCAAAGCAAAUCAGAGAACUAAGAGCCAUUUCACUGAUCUACUACGAACUAGGGAUGUUUUAAAGUGCCAAUUAUUUUGAGUGUUAUGUUACCAGUGAGUGUGACACUUGAGAGUAGAGAAUAUUGCUGCUAGAUACAUAUUUAUUUCAAAAUCAUAUAGUGAUUUUGAUAUCAUAGUUUUACUGUAACAUUCACUUGAUCAAAAUCUGUUAUUUUUGGAAAAAAAGAUUAAAAAUCUAUAAUGUGUGUUGUAAUAUGAGUAAACUAUAAAAUAAUUUAUUUUAAGACAAUGAUAUUGCCUGUUUUCUUUGUAACCAAUUUGGGGGGAAGAAAUGAAAAGCCUUACCAAAUCAUUUUAGCUAUUUGGGUCCAAAUCAAACUGUUUAAAUAUAAAAUGAACUGAAAUAUAGGCUAAAUAGCUACAUACUAUUUGUGAAUGCAGUAAAUGCUACUGGAAGCUUGAGUAUUUCGCACUCUGAGUCACAGUAAUUUUUUUUUUUUUAUUCUGCCAAAGACAGUAUUCUAAAUCUCUGUGGCAUUAUAAUUGCAUAAAGAAACAAUUUUACUUGUUUUUUUUUUUUUUUUGUUUGUUUUUGUUUUAUUGUACUCUUUGAUAUUUUGUUUGAGGAAGGUGCCAUUUGACUCUAAGACUGUCCUGUUGCCAGAAAGCAUAAAGCUUUAAUUUCUCAGUUUACAUAAUAUUAUUAUAUACAUUUUAAGACUGUUGAGAGCUUUUUAUUAAACUGCAGAUCAAUACUGUAAUGUAGUAUUGUAAUUAAUAAAGUCAUUUAUGGUCUAUGUAUGUGUAUGUACACGUAUUGUAGAGGGGCUUGUAUUGUACUGUACUAUAACGUAAAAAGAGAUAUAUCAAUUCUAAGUGUUACUGUGAAAGUGAUGCAUAUUAACCUUACCAGUUUCAGACAAACAUGUAAGGUUUCAUUUCAUGGGCCAUGUUGAAAAUGAUGUCUAAAGAGGUUGCAGACAGGUUUUCCUAUCUUUACCCUGUGCUCCAAGGGUUAAUCUGUCCAAAUUGUAUACCUGUGCUGCUGUACUGUGCCUUGUGAAUCUGACUGUAUUUUGUUGUUUUGUACUGUCAAAUACGGUAAUUAAAUGA